AUGGAAGAGAUGUCUCCCCCUACCUCGAUUACAUUCAACUUAACAAAUCCCAUUUCCGAAAACACCCUCGGAAAUCAUGCGGAUUUCACUCGGGUCAAACUACUCACCGGAACAGCAAGCUUGUUAUCCAAGAAUUGUGAUAUCGCAAAUCAAGAAACAGACGCUGAUGAAAUCAUGUCAAUUGACGAUUCCAUCGAUGCAAAUUCAGCAAGUUUACCGAUUCCAAUUGCUGUCGCAAUCGAGGGAAUGGAAAAUGAUCAAGUAGUAGCGAAAGUAAUUAGCUUAGGAAAAGAAACAAUAGAAAUUGAGAAUGAAACCACUCUAACCCCAUCUCUAAUGGCGCUUGUUGAAAAGAAUCAAAGUAAAGGAUUCAAAAGUGUUUUUGAAUUGGAAUACAUUCCACUCUGGGGUUUCCAUUCCGUUUGUGGGAAAAGACCAGAAAUGGAAGAUUCCGUUGCGGUUGUUCCUCGUUUCAUGGAAAUUCCUAUCAAGAUGUUUGUCGGUGACCAUGUGAUCGAUGGCAUGAGUUCCAAUUUGACCGAUUUGACCUCCCAUUUCUUCGGGGUAUACGAUGGGCAUGGGGGCUCUCAGGUUGCCGAUUAUUGUCGUGACCGUAUACAUCUUGCUUUAGAGGAGGAACUAAAACUUGUUGCACAAGAAACCUUCAACGACACGUUACAGGUUCAAUGGGAGAAAGUGUUUACAAAUUGUUUCCAAAAGGUUGAUGAUGAAGUUGGCGGGAGAGUUAGCCGCAAAACCCCGGAAUCGGAAUCACUAAUUCCAGAACCAGUGGCACCGGAAACCGUUGGUUCAACCGCUGUGGUUGCCGUAAUUUGCUCUUCACAUAUUAUAAUUGCAAACUGUGGUGAUUCUAGAGCCGUUCUUUAUCGUGGGAAAGAAGCCAUUGCUUUAUCAAAUGAUCAUAAACCAAAUCGAGAAGAUGAAUAUGCAAGAAUUGAGGCGUCUGGUGGGAAAGUCAUACAAUGGAAUGGGCAUCGUGUUUUUGGUGUUCUUGCAAUGUCGAGAUCUAUUGGUGAUGGGUAUUUGAAACCAUGGAUAAUACCCGAACCAGAAGUCACAUUUACAGCACGUGCUAGACAAGAUGAGUGUCUUGUUUUAGCUAGUGAUGGUUUAUGGGAUGUGAUGUCUAAUGAAGAAGUAUGUGAAAUUGCUAGAAAACGCAUUCUUAUUUGGCAUAAAAAGAAUGGUGGGACCACAACCGAUAGGGGAACGGGUAUGGGUGUGGGACCCGAUCCUGCAGCACAAGCAGCAGCCGAUUAUCUAGUAAUGCUUGCUCUCCAAAAAGGAACCAAAGAUAACAUAUCUGUCAUUGUUGUUGACUUGAAAACUCAAAGAAAGUUCAAGACAAAAUCUUAAGUGUUUCACUUGUCUGGUUUAUUGACCCUAGAAUGUAUUAUUAAAACGAUUCUUAAACAACAGAACCAGAUUACUAUUUUAAGAGUAAAUUACAGAAAUGGUCCCUGUGUUUGUUAACAUAAUUUCGCUCCCCAAUUCCAACUUUUUUGUUCU